GAAACGAAGUUGGAAGUUGGAAUUUGGAACGCUAAUCAUCUUAAAAUCGUUGUCGCAUAGUUGCACGCGGCUUUCUUUGUAUUCUCUUGGCUUCUUUCUUCCCGGUCUCUCGUCGUCAUAAUUCGAGCGACGUGGUCUCGUGUGCUGGAGUAACAGCGACUUCUUUACAAUGUCAACGGUAGCGAGUCCUUUAGCUGUUGGAGGUGUCAGACAAUCGGGAGCGCCGGUGCGAACGCAAAAUGUUAUGGCUGCUUGUGCAAUUGCUAAUGUAGUUAAAAGUUCUUUGGGUCCAGUUGGCUUGGAUAAAAUGCUAGUUGAUGACAUUGGUGAUGUUACUGUUACCAAUGAUGGUGCAACUAUCUUACGUUUGUUAGAAGUUGAACAUCCAGCUGCACGCGUUUUAGUUGAAUUAGCCCAGUUACAAGAUGAGGAGGUUGGAGAUGGUACUACCUCAGUGGUUAUAGUAGCAGCUGAACUUUUAAAAAAUGCGGAUGAACUUGUGAAGCAAAAGAUACAUCCAACUUCAGUCAUUAGUGGCUACAGACUUGCUUGCAAAGAAGCAUGCAAGUACAUUCAGGAACAUCUUACUGUCAGUGUGGAUGAACUCGGAAGAGAUUGUUUAGUUAAUGUUGCAAAGACGUCUAUGUCGAGCAAAAUUAUUGGAGCUGAUGCCAAUUUCUUUGGCAACAUGGUAGUCGACGCUGCUAACGCGAUAAAAAUUAGCGAUGGCAAAGGAGGUUUUUUAUAUCCUGUUAAAGCCGUCAACGUUUUGAAGGCGCAUGGAAAAAGUGUGCGCGAGUCGGUUUUGGUGCAAGGAUAUGCAUUAAAUUGCACCGUUGCUUCUCAGGCAAUGCCGAAGAGGAUAACAAAUGCGAAAAUUGCGUGUCUAGACUUUUCUUUGCAGAAAGCCAAGAUGAAAUUAGGCGUUGAGGUACUUGUUACUGAUCCCAACAAUCUCGAAGCUAUUCGUCAGCGCGAGGCAGAUAUUACCAAGGAACGCAUUCAGAAGAUCCUUGCUGCUGGAGCUAAUGUCGUUCUAUUAUCGGGCGGUAUUGAUGAUUUAUGCUUAAAGUAUUUUGUGGAAGCUAAGACCAUGGCGGUGCGCAGGUGCAAGAAAGCUGAUCUGAAAAGAAUUGCUAAAGCUACAGGCGCCCAAUUUCUAACUUCGCUGACCAACAUGGAAGGGGAAGAAAGUUUCGAUGUCAGUUUUUUGGGGGAGGCUGCUGAAGUAGUACAAGAGAUGAUUUGUGACGACGAGCUUAUUUUAAUCAAAGGACCUAAGGCACGCACAGCAAGUUCUAUUAUUUUACGCGGACCAAACGAUUAUUACUGCGACGAAAUGGAACGUUCUAUACAUGAUGCAUUAUGCGUCGUCAAGAGAGUUUUGGAAAGUAAAAACGUUGUUGCGGGAGGAGGUUGUGUUGAAGCUGCACUCUCAAUAUAUCUAGAAAACUUUGCAACAUCAUUGAGCUCUCGAGAACAACUGGCUAUUGCGGAAUUUGCUCGAUCUUUAUUAGUUAUACCAAAAACACUAGCCGUAAAUGCUGCACAGGAUGCAACUGAUCUUGUCGCCAAGCUCCGAGCCUAUCAUAAUUCUAGUAUAACAAAACCAGAUCUUGUUGACUUGAAAUGGGUGGGUCUUGAUUUACUGGUGGGAAGCAUAAGAGAUAAUAAAAAAGCAGGCGUAUUAGAACCAGCUAUUUCAAAAAUUAAAUCUUUGAAAUUCGCUACUGAAGCAGCUAUAACUAUUCUUCGAAUCGAUGAUAUGAUUAAAUUGGAUCCCGAUCGUUCGAAAAAUCCUAAAUCCUACCAAGAUGCUAUGGAAGCUGGUGAAUUGGAAGAUUAAUAUUAAAAUGCAUUUACACAUUUAUGUUGAAUAUGAUGUUUAUACAAGAAAAAUAUGUAAGAGAUUGUAAAUGUUCCAUUGCGCAUAUAAAUAUUACAUAAUAAUAAAGAUUUAAUUACAACUUUUUGCUUGUAUGUUGCAUGUAAACAAUUUAAGUUUACAUGCACAUAAAAUAUUGCUAAAAUUUGAAGUUAUUUGUAGUAUUAUAUUUAUUUGAUUACAUAUUAAUACCAUAACAGAAUAUGGCAUUUAAUAAAUCAUGCUAAAAAGAAUAUGUAAGAGAUGUUUAAUUUUGUAUUUAUUACUCAAAAUUAGGAUAUUCUUAACUUACAUUUCUUUACUAUUUUAUGUGAAUAAACUUUUGUGUGUAAGGAAAUUUUUUGUAGUUGAUAAUAAUUAUGGUAUUUACAGUAAAUCGAAAAUGUAUUUCACAUACUGUUUAUACUAAUUAUAUCAGUUUUAUCCAAA